CAUACAACGGAGCUGUCGGUCAAGCGCGUGUGGCCUGUGCGUCUUAAUUUACUUUUUUUUUGUGUUACUUUUCGACAGAACAUACAAGACAUAUUUCCAAAAAUACAAAAAAAUAAAGCGACGCGUCGAACAGUGUGUGCCUAUUUUGUUGUUACUGUGUUACCUGCUGUGUCCUAAUUGAAAUAUUAAUGCGCUCAAGUGCAUUCGAUAAGAGACUGCGUCCCUGCCCUUUACAUAGCUCCACCAGUAAUUAUCAUCACAUCAAAUAACGAAUUGUGGUGCGUUGUUGUUGUUGUUGAUCUUCUCGUUGAUCUGCAAAGGGUGCUGCUAGCUGCGCUAUGUGGAGUCCAACACAUUGCAGUGUAACUGUUCAGCGUGCGCGAGGUCUUCUGACCAAGGGCAAGAAUGGCACCAACAAUUGCUUUGUCACAAUUGCACUGGGCAAGGAGAAGUACCAGACAUCGGUCAAGGACAAGGCCGAGAAUAGCGUCAACUGGAACGAGGAGUGCGAACUUAAAAUUCCGGAUCAGGGCAAUCGAGCGGAGCUGACGCUAACAUGCCUGCAUCGCAACAAUCUGGGCAUCGAUGAGUUCCUUGGGCAGGCGACGCUGCCACUGAAGGACAUGGACGUCUAUGAUCGUCCUCGGGCCAAGUGGUGCAAGCUGGAGAGCAAGCCGGGCAAGGAGAAGAAGAACAAGGAGCGCGGCGAAUUGGAGGUGCGCAUCGCAUUCGUUGUCAAAUCGGGUUCGCUGACCGAUCUAAGCAAGAAGGACAAGCACAAGUCUUCCAUUGGCCAGCUGGCCAGCUCUGUUGGCGGCAGUCUGCUCUCAAUUGGCCAGGGCGAGAAGCGGAAGAGCAUUAAGAAGCUGGCCGGUUCGCUUAGCUCCAAGUUGCACAUACGCAGCAAGAAGAAGCACGACAAGGAUGGCGAUGACAGUGGCUCGUUUAGCGGCUCCUUUGCCAGCAUCGGUACACCGAACAGCUCCACCGGUUUGGGCGUCAUCGGUGGCGGUAGUGGUCGUAGGCGUGGCCAGCGCGCCGGCGAAGCCGAUCCCGGCGUCAUCAGCGAGGACGAGGAUGAGUUUGUGUUCGACAAUCUGUCGCACAAGAGCUCCGGCAGCUCACUGAACAUACAGCGAUCGGGUCUGCAGCCACCGGGAGCGCUCACAUCCUCAUCCUCGGGCCAUUUUGCGCCGCGCGUUCCAUCGCCGCUGCUGAUCAAUGGCAAUGGUGGUGGCCCCAAGGGUAAACUGAACGGAGGUAAGCCCAAAUUGCAAGAGACACUCGAUGAGGAUGCCAAAUCGAUCGUUGCCGAAAUGGAACAGCUUGAGCUCGAUUUCAGCGUUCGUGCACGCACUCUGCCGCCUCCCUCGAAGCCGCCGCGCACCCCGUCGUCGCCACAAGAGCUGCAAAUGGAGCGUGAACGCGAGGGGGAUGGUCAAGGUGAUGGACGUGGCCAGGGACAAGGGCAAGAGCAGGGCCAGGGUCAGGGCCAGGGGCAAGGUCAGGGAUUGGGACUGGGACUGGGACUGGGAGCGGGACUGGGGCAGGGGCAGGGGCAAGUGGAACCACCAGUGGCCGAUGAAUGGGAAUCGAAAUUGCAUGGCGGCGGUAAAUAUUUAGAGAUGGGCAUCAGCAGCAGCGAUUCCCUCAAGCGUCGCAGCUGGGAGACGCGCGUGCCGUUGCCAGCAACCAGCGAGGAGCCGCCACCGCUGCCAGCUGCCAGCGCCUCCUUCACCGCAUCCAUCUCCUCCUCCUCCUCCAGUUCGUCAGACAGUGAGGACGAGCAGGAGCUGGAGCGGGAGCGGGUGCAGACGCAGAAGCAGCAGCAGCAGCCAGUGCAGGUGGAGGUGCAAGUGUCACCGCCGCCCUUGCCUAAGGGGAGCAACACCAACAACAACAACAACCAGCAGCAGCAGAGGGAGAGCGUCAGCUCUUCUUCGUCGCUGUUCUCGCCGGACGUGAACACACGCAACUUUGACUCGUUCAAUGCGAGCUUCGCCAAGUUCGAGCAACGCAAUAGCACCGCCAUCUUUGCGGACGAGCCGCUCUCCAGAUCCAUAUCCAAAUCGAAUUCACAGCUAGAGCAGCAUGUAGCACCAAAGCCGCAGCCGCGUUUGCUAAAUGGCGAACAGCAACCGGGCGUGGCCAAAGCCGAGGCCGUAGCAGAGGCAGAGGCGGAGGCGGAGGCAGCACGUCAGCUGCGCGCCGAGGAGGAUGCCCGGCUGGAGGCCGAGCUGCGUUUGAAUGAGCAGCGGCUGCGCGAGGAGGAGGCGGCCAUGCAGCAGGAGUUGCAGCUGCAGCGGGAGCUGGAGGAGCAGCGGCGUCGCGAUGCCAAGCGCCGCGAGGAGGAUCAAAGACUCUUGAGCUUUGCCAAGCGCUCCAGCUCGCUGGAGGAGCAACAGACACAGACACAGACACAGAAACAGUCGCAGCCAGCAGUGGAGGAUCAGCAACUUAUCGCACCCGUUGCAAUUCCGCUGGCGGUUGUGGCUGCUGCUGCCACUGAUGAUGUAGAUCCAAGCAUUGAGCACAACUUCCUAACGCCCGAGCAAUCGCCGAAGGAGUUUAGCAGCAUUGGCGGCGGCAGCGGCAGCGGCGAGCGCUGGGAGAAGCGAUUGGGCAAAUUUAAAUACGGCAAUAAGCGAGAUAAACAGAACGAUACGGAUAGCAAUUCGCCCAGUCCCAAAUCCACGGAGCGCAUCAUCAUUGGCCACGAGAAGUCCGGUUCGCAUGCGGAACGUCGCUCCGAGAUCUCUGCACAGUUGUCCAAAAAAUACGAGGGCAAAUCCCGGGAGGAGCUGAUGCUGAUUGCCAAUGGAAUGGAGAAUGAGGCGUUGCUGCAACGCCAGCGCGUCAAGGAGCUGGAGGACUAUCUGGACAAUUUGCUGUUGCGCGUGAUGGAAACGCAUCCGAAGAUCUUGCAGAAUCCCUAUUCGCGCACCACAUCGGCCAAAAGCGGUUAAGUCUGGAUGGCAUCCAAACUUUGUUGGAUGUGAGGAGGAAGCAAGAAGCAGGAAGCAGGAAGGAGGAGCAUAGAUGAAUGAAUGAAUAUUAAGAAACUGAUGGGCCGCUUUUAUAUGUGACAUAGAAAUCAAAUGAACACCAAGUUGCCUUUUGUCAUUAGAGAAAUUCAAGUGCUUUCUUAUUAUACUGGUUUAGCAUUACUUUUACACGAACUACUUUUACAACUCUUACCAUUUAAGCAGUGUAAUUUUUUUUUGUUGUUUUUCACCACAAAUAACUCCUAACAACUGGUUGGCCCAAAGCAAAUAUGUGUAGCGAGAACUUAUCCGGUGUGUUUUGUAUUUUCGUAGAAUUAUACUCAGUCUUUCGUUUCCCCUAUUGUUUUUUUUUGUUUUGUAUUUUUUUUUUUUCGCUAUUUCUGUAUUCGAACGAAGAGCAGUGUGAAAUUAAAUUAAAUUAUUUGUAACAUAUAAAAUGAUUGUAAACAAUUUGCUAGGCAAUUGUAAAGCUUUGUUUCGAUUCAACUAAUCAAUUGAAAUUAUCCAAAAGUAUUUUUUAUUUGCAUUUCAAAAUGUGUCCCGUUUUCUGUGAAAGAGUUCCGCAAGCCGGCUACGAUUAAAACAAUUUAUAGUUAAGUAAGACCUAAAUUAUUUAUGUACUAGAUGUUAAGUAAGAUGGAAAAUGAGCAAUAAGCGAGGAGAGAACUACAUACAAGUUAAAAACGAUAAAUGAUUUUACUUAUUAAACAACAAAUAAAAACACUUAAUAUUGAUAUUAAA